AUAAACGGGUAUUUAAUCCGCUGGCAGAUGUGCGUUUCUAUCAGAGCUCCGGCACACGAUUUAAUUAUUUCCUCGGUGUACCAAAGAGCAAAGACGUUGUCGGGGUCGACUGCUGCCAGAUUUGAAGUUAAUCUUCACAACGGACCCAUGUUUGCGCACAGCUGAGCCCGUGCGCUCUCGGUCUCUCGGUGCCGUUAUGUCCUGGGAGCACCGCGGGAGGGAUGCUCAUUCACGGUGACUUAUUCUGGAAAGUGAUGCCCAGUUAGCACCUAUGGAUGUGAGGAUGGGUGACUCCCACCAGUACGAGUGAGUGGAAAGAUGCUGCUCGGAUGGAAAUUAUUCCUGUAUGGAUACAGAAAGAAGAAGGAGAUGGAUGUUGAAUGUUCCUCCUGCAGGUGCAGCAUGCUGAAGGGGACAGGUGUGAGCUUCAUCCUGCUGUGUCUGAUGGCAGAGGUCAGUCUCAGCGCGCAGCAGGUCUUGAGAAUCGGUGGGAUUUUCGAGACACUUGAGAAUGAACCGAUUAGCGUGGAAGAACUUGCCUUCAAAUUCGCUGUAACCAACAUUAACAGAAACAGAACUUUAAUGCCCAACACCACCCUCACCUAUGACAUCCAGAGAAUCAACCUGUUCGACAGCUUCGAGGCGUCCAGACGAGGUGGGAUUUUCGAGACACUUGAGAAUGAACCGAUUAGCGUGGAAGAACUUGCCUUCAAAUUCGCUGUAACCAACAUUAACAGAAACAGAACUUUAAUGCCCAACACCACCCUCACCUAUGACAUCCAGAGAAUCAACCUGUUCGACAGCUUCGAGGCGUCCAGACGAGCUCUCUUGUCUAUGGGCAUGAUGACUGAAUAUUACCAUUUCUUCUUUACCACUCUGGAUCUGUUUGCACUGGACCUGGAGCCGUACCGAUACAGUGGCGUGAACAUGACGGGUUUCCGUCUGCUCAACAUCGAAAACACUCAUGUGGCGUCAGUGGUGGAGAAAUGGUCCAUGGAGCGACUGCAGGCUCCACCCAAACCCGAGACCGGCCUGCUGGACGGAAUGAUGACAUCUGAAGCAGCGCUGAUGUAUGAUGCUGUGUAUAUGGUCGCUGCUGCAUCCCAGCGAGCGUCUCAGGUCACCGUCAGCUCACUGCAGUGUCACCGACACAAACCCUGGCGCUUCGGCUCCCGAUUCAUCAGCAUGCUCAAAGAGGCUCAGUUGAACGGACUGACCGGACAGAUCAUCAUAAACAAGACAGACGGCCUGAGGAAAGACUUCGACCUCGACAUCAUCAGUCUGAAAGAGGACGGGAUGGAAAAGCAGUUUAUGGAAAGUGGUCGUUUUAACAAAGUAUGGAAGAAGAUCGGUGUGUGGAACUCAAACACCGGCCUUAACCUGACAGAUAGCAACAAAGACAAAAACACCAACGUCACCGACUCCAUGGCCAACCGCACUCUCAUCGUCACCACAAUUCUGGAAAACCCAUAUGUGAUGUACAAGAAGUCAGAUAAGCCUCUGUAUGGGAACGAUCGGUUUGAAGGCUACUGUUUGGAUCUCCUGAAGGAGUUGUCCAACAUCCUAGGCUUUUCCUAUGAAGUCAAACUGGUGUCUGAUGGGAAAUACGGAGCUCAGAAUGACAAAGGAGAGUGGAACGGCAUGGUCCGAGAGCUGAUCGAUCAUGUGGCAGAUUUGGCCGUGGCGCCGCUCACCAUCACUUACGUGCGAGAGAAAGUCAUUGAUUUUUCCAAGCCCUUCAUGACUCUGGGAAUCUCUAUCCUCUACCACAAACCCAAUGGCACCAAUCCAGGCGUCUUCUCCUUCCUGAACCCGCUCUCUCCGGACAUCUGGAUGUAUGUGCUGCUGGCCUGCCUCGGGGUCAGCUGUGUGCUGUUCGUCAUUGCCAGGUUCACCCCGUAUGAAUGGUACAACCCUCAUCCCUGCAACCCUGAUUCAGAUGUUGUUGAGAACAACUUCACCUUAAUCAACAGCGUUUGGUUUGGUGUUGGAGCUCUUAUGCAGCAAGGAUCGGAGUUGAUGCCCAAGGCUUUGUCCACCAGGAUUGUUGGAGGUAUCUGGUGGUUCUUCACCCUCAUCAUCAUCUCGUCUUACACGGCUAACCUGGCCGCCUUCCUCACCGUGGAGCGAAUGGAUUCGCCCAUAGACUCGGCCGAUGAUCUGGCCAAACAGACCAAGAUUGAGUAUGGUGCUGUGAGGGACGGGUCUACUAUGACUUUCUUUAAGAAAUCAAAGAUCUCCACCUAUGAGAAGAUGUGGGCGUUCAUGAGCAGCCGGAAGAACACAGCGCUGGUGAAGAAUAACAGAGAGGGAAUCCAGCGCGUUAUGACCACAGAUUACGCUCUUCUGAUGGAGUCCACCAGCAUCGAGUACAUCAGCCAGAGAAACUGCAACCUCACGCAGAUUGGAGGACUCAUCGACUCAAAGGGCUACGGAGUCGGCACUCCUAUUGGUUCCCCGUAUCGUGACAAGGUGACCAUCGCCAUCCUGCAGUUACAGGAGGAGGGGAAACUGCACAUGAUGAAGGAGAAGUGGUGGCGAGGAAACGGCUGUCCCGAGGAGGACAGUAAAGAGGCCAGUGCUUUGGGAGUGGAGAACAUCGGAGGAAUCUUCAUCGUGCUGGCGGCCGGACUCGUCCUGUCCGUGUUCGUGGCCAUCGGCGAGUUUAUCUAUAAAUCCAGGAGGAACCUGGACAUCGAGGAGGUGAGCGUGGGACAGUGUGAAUGGCACAAUAAAUACUGAUGGACAUCACAGGACUUCUGAGGACGUCACUGGGAGUUUUAUAAUGUACUUUUGCUCCUCGACCUUCUUAAAACCAGAUAUACUCUGAUUAAACAACACUUAAAUGAUGUCAGCCGUGUGAGAAUUGGUGGCGACGUUGGACGCUGAGCAACAUUUUCAACAUCAACUUUUUUUUUUUUUUACUUUUUUUUUUACAUUUUUCAGAUGGACAAACAAUAAGAUGAGAAGUAUCUGUCAGUAAAAUAUGAAUAAAGACAGGAGUGUAAGUUCGCAGUUCAACUAUUACACCAGUUACUAUAUUGUAGAGUAGUUCACAUCCAUGUAGUGUGUAUUUAGAUUUAAAGACUGUCUUUACAGACAUAUUCCUCCUUAAUUUAUGACAAGACAUGUCUGUGAGUUUUAUUAUAGGUGAUGUGUGUAAUCUUUCCAUGUUAAAAUUAGUCAGUUAUACAUCAUUCAUUCAUAGGUUGAUUUUCCCGAAGAGUGCAACCAACAUUAUUCUGUUUUAUUUUGUUUUAAACAUUUUAGUUUGAAAUGAAUUACAAUUGCACAUUACAAUUUAUUGCAAUAAUGGGGAA